AGAUAUCUUCUCCGCUAACGCACAGCAGUCAAAGUUAUCCGUUUGUGUGAGCUACGUGGAUAUGGAACAGCGGCAGUCAAUCCCCUUCAUGUCCAGUCAGUACUAUUCUGGUUGUUUUCACAGCUUAUCAGGGUGCCCACGUGCUAAGAAAAGUGGACAGAAAUUUACACCCACCAAGGAUGAUAAGGAGGAUCCUGAGAUGAAGUGCCCCGUUCCUGGGUGCGACGGACUGGGCCACGUGAGUGGCAAGUACGCGUCGCAUCGCAGUGCGUCCGGAUGCCCGCUGGCCGCCCGUCGCCAAAAGGAAGGAUUCCACAACGGCUCGCCCUUUACCUGGAAGCCCGUGAAAGGAGACGGGCCGGCGUGCCCAACUCCGGGCUGCGAUGGCUCAGGACAUGCCAACGGCAGCUUCCUUACACAUAGAAGUCUUUCUGGUUGUCCAAGAGCAACUUUGGCCAUGAAGAAAGCAAAAUUCUCAGGGGAAGAUCUACUUACGACAAAAUUCAGAGCAAGUGACGCGAUAGAAAAUGAUGAAGAGAUUAAGCAACUUGACAAAGAGAUCAGUGAACUAAAUGAGUCCAACACAGAGAUGGAAUCCAACAUGGUGAAGUUGCAAUCACAGAUUUCCAGCAUGGAAAAAAACUUGAAGACUAUCGAGGAUGAGAAUAAAGUGAUUGAGGAGCAGAAUGAAGCCUUAUUUAAAGAGCUGGCAGGGUUGAGUCAAGCCCUGAUUCGCAGCCUUGCUGACAUCAAACUGCCUCAAAUGGAACCGAUCAGCGAACAGAAUUUUGACGCCUAUGUUAAUACCCUCACAGAUAUGUAUACCAACAUGGAAUGCUACCAGAACCCAGAAAACAAAGCACUACUGGAGAGCAUUAAACAAGCUGUAAAGGGCAUUCAGGUCUAAAACAUUGUAUAUGAACGGUUCAAGUAAGCUGUAAAUACAGUACAUUUGUGAUUGAUAUUGGUUUAGAAAUAUUUAUAGCAAUUACGAGCAUAGAAAUUGCACUUGUUUAGAACAAGCAGUCCGUAACAUUAUUGUGUAAAUUUUAAAAUUACGUUAAAAUUGAAUCUGGAAAGCAAAUAUGUAAACUAUUCUGUAUGUCGACUCUUCCUAUUUAUUUAAUGUUUGUCUAUUUAUUUAACUUUGUGUUUAAUCCAGAUAAAACUGAAUUGAAAAAGAAACUUGUUUCUGGAGCGCGCGGAGACAGUAAUAUUUUCCACGCUGUUCCGGUUCAAGUUGUUUUACGAAGUUAACACAAGUCAAGUUAUUUUUGUAUUGUAUUAUUUAUUACUUUAUUAAUGUGAUUUAUUCCCUUUUUACGUGGAGUGAGAAUAUUUUAUAACUGACAUGUUUUGAUAAUUUUUUCAGAAAAUGUUCUGAUUUUAUUAAUAUUUUUUCCUAUCUUCGCGAAAAUAUUUUUCAGACAUUUGCCACUGCUAAAGCAAAACUAUGAAUUAACUACUAUUUAUUUGAUAUUUAAGCAAAUUAAUUUAAAGAGUCCUUACUGUAAUACUUAAGAGCCAUUUUUUUGUGAAUGAUGUAUAUUUAUUUUGUAUGUUUGUGCGUCUGUUAUGUGACUUUGAAUUUGGGAACAACUAGUCUGCGAACUUAAACGUAUUGUAGAAUGAUGCAGUUAGAAGCCUUCCUCUGAAUUAUCUGAACAGUUUCAAAAAAAGACAAAUAAUGUCACGGAGUUUUAAUAUGGGACGUUUACAGCUUUUUACAGCAUCUGCAGGUUUAUAGAAUUGCGUAGUGGUUCUAAUUCAUUAUUUCUCCAGCGGAAGCAUUUGAAAAGUCCUUGGAGUAGACAUUCACUCUUCAAACGGAAAGAGCACCUACAGACUCCUGUACAAUGUACUGGGGGUCCUGCUGCCGUCUAUAUACAGUAACACAUUCCAGAUUCUGAACUGUGUUUGAAUUUCUUAAAAGCCUCAGGUAAGCCAGACCUGGGAUCAGGGCAUUCGUGGCAUUCUUGCCUCACUGAAAGAUAUGUAAUUUAUAAGUUAUGUUUGUAAAUCAGAAGAAAAAAAAAACAAAAACUGAACUCUGUUACAGUGCUGGGUAUUGUAAUUAACUACGGAUGUACGCACUGUUCGAACACUGUUUUAGUGCAAUUUUUGUUGUGGUUUGUGCAUUCAAAUGUAUGUAUCUAUGUUAAAAGACAAAUUACUGUUUACUCGUAUAAAUACUUACAUCUUGUUGUUCCAUCUACAUAAUGAAAUAAAAGAAAACUAACAAAA